UACUUUUAAAACUAUACUGGUUCUCAUCUGAGUUUCUGGUUCACUUUCACCGAGGACAUCGAAAAUGCGGACCAUUGUGGCAAAAUUGGCCGAUCAGAUUUUAUUUUCAACGUACAGACAAUUUUUCCCAGGAUGUUAUGUUUCAACCCCACGAGCAAUGUCAACUCGGUUCUGGGAUGGAAAAAAUUUCACCAAAGUUGAAGAUUUCAGUAAGGUGGACCAGUUUGACAGAGAUAAAUCAAGAGAUGAAGUGGAAUCUGAGAAAAUCUUGGAAAAGCUCGGAGAAGAUGAUUACCGUGUGAGCCCCAGACCUACUCUACAGGCGGCACCAAGGGGGCUCAAAUAUAGGAAAAAGUACAUACAAGAACUGGAGAGUCACGUGAAACAAGAAGAAAAAUUCAGCAUUGAAAAUAUAGAAAAGAUUCUCGGGGAAAUGGUCGCUGCCCAACAGCAGCAGAAGAAAGAGAAGACACCCAAGGGAUUGGAUGAAAUAAAAGAUGAAUUCUCCCUAUUAAAGAAUGAAAGGCCUCCUCACCCAUAUGGUUCUAAGCAAAAAAAAUGCAUCAUUUGUGAAUAUGAUGUCCACCUUGAUUACAAAAAUGUGCGGUUGCUGAGUCAGUUUGUGUCCAAUCACACGGGGAUGAUAUACCAUCGCGGAAUCACAGGGCUGUGCAUCCCCAUGCAGAAACACAUCGCCAGUCUCAUCAAAACAUCCCGAGCCUUCGGUUUCAUGCCUUACUCCAACAAGAUGAUGGAGUUCCAAGCAGACCCUGAUAUUCGACAAAAAGACAGGAGCUAAAUAUUUUCUUUGUAUAGAUUUUCACCCAAAUUUUGUUUGAUUAAAGAAAAAAAAAUG